UAAGCCAUGAGACAAUGCUGGUGUUUGUGCAACAGCCCCUGAGUGGAGGCUGGCUUGCUCUCGCUUGGCAACCACCGAUGCGCUCAUGGCUGACCGGAGAGGAAAGUGGACGGCUUGAUCGCGGCUGUGAGAUGCACCGGCGCAGGCAGCAGUGGGAGAAAGUUGAUGCAGUGGCGUGAGGGCAAGGGGCGGAAAAGAAAAAAAAAGCAAGAGGGGCUGGCCUUGAAGAUACAGACCCGGGCAUUGGUUUGGACCAAAACAGGAAAAAAAAGGGCGUCCACUCCUGCAGUGUCAGAGGAAAAAAAAAAAAAAAAGCAGUCCAUUGGUGUCACGGUAAAAGAGCGCUGUUGAAUUUGUUUGCAAAAGUACAGUAGGCGACCUUCUGGGGCUCAGCGCCGAAGUGUGGACAGGAAGAGGAGCUGUGGGCCAACACAAGCAGGAUGACGGAGAAUAAGAUAAGCCUCCCUGCUAAGCUGAUUAAUGGAGGCGUGGCGGGCCUUGUUGGUGUGACAUGUGUAUUUCCUAUUGAUCUGGCCAAGACCCGCCUACAGAACCAGCAGGGUGCCCAGGUGUACAAAGGAAUGUGGGACUGUCUGGCGAAGACGGUGCGCUCAGAAGGCUAUUUUGGAUGCUACAGAGGUGCAGCAGUCAACCUCACUCUUGUCACACCAGAAAAAGCCAUAAAACUGGCAGCCAAUGAUGCCUUCAGACAGAAACUCUCCAAGAACGGCCAUUUACCCCUGUGGGGGGAGGUUCUGGCAGGGUGCGGGGCUGGCACCUGUCAGGUGGUGGUAACCACGCCCAUGGAGAUGCUUAAAAUCCAACUACAGGAUGCAGGGAGGCUGGCUGCCCAGAGGAAGGUCCCGACCUCAGCUCAGGCUUCUGGUCCUGGUCCAGCUCCAUCAUUGGUGGCCAGCCGGCCAGCGCGGUCCAAUCCUCCCCAAAGGACAUCAGCCACCAGCAUCACAGUAGAGCUGCUGAAGACGCGAGGUCUGGCGGGUCUCUACCGGGGAGCAGGGGCCACCUUGAUGAGAGAUGUCCCCUUCUCAAUGAUCUACUUCCCGCUGUUCGCCAACCUGAACUCGCUGGGCAGGGAAAAACAGGGAAGCCCGGGCGAAGUGCAGGCCCGAGCGCCUUUCUGGCAGUCCUUUGUGGCAGGUUGCUCCGCAGGCUCAGUGGCAGCUGUGGCCGUCACGCCGCUGGAUGUCAUAAAAACCCGCCUGCAAACACUGCAAAAAGGUGAAGGGGAGGACAGCUACAGAGGAAUCGCUGACUGCACACGGCGCAUCCUGAGGCGAGAGGGCCCGUCGGCGUUCCUAAAGGGUGCAGCGUGUCGUGCGCUGGUCAUCGCCCCGCUUUUUGGCAUCGCACAGGGCGUCUACUUUCUCGGCGUCGGGGAGACGCUGCUCGGCUUGCUGGGAUAGCAAACACGACAAGUUUUGCUGCCUCAAUCAGCAGAUCCAUGAACACAAAGAGGGUGAGGAGGAGAAGAAGAAGAAGGUGUCCUUGUGGGGACCCUGCAGGCAACAGGGUGGCAUUGGGUAACAGGGUCCUCUUUGUGGGCUUCAUGUCCUGAAAACCAGCCUCAUUGUUGCAAUAGGAGCUGGUUCUUCAACCCCCAAAAAAGAUCAUCUAGUCUCGUUAAGGCUGUGAGCUAAAACUCGUCACGAUUAAACGACAAUCAUGCAUAGUAUUCAUACAGCACUUAUUGAAUCUACAGUGCCUUGCAAAAGUAUUCACCUCCUUCGGCCUUUUAGCUACCGUAUUUCCUUGAAUUGCCGCCAGGGCACUAAUUAAUUUAAAACCUCUUCUCACUCCUGCGCUUACCAAAGGCAUGCGGUAAAAGUAAGCAUGCGCUAAUUAAUUUAAAACCUCUUCUCACUCCUGCGCUUACCAAAGGCAUGCGGUAAAAGUAAGCAUGCGCUAAUUAAUUUAAAACCUCUUCUAACUCCUGCGCUUACCAAAGGCAUGCGGUAAAAGUAAGCAUGCGCUAAUUAAUUUAAAACCUCUUCUCACUCCUGCGCUUACCAAAGGCAUGCGGUAAAAGUAAGCAUGCGCUAAUUAAUUUAAAACCUCUUCUCCUGCGCUUACCAAAGGCAUGCGGUAAAAGUAAGCAUGCGCUAAUUAUUUUAAAACCUCUUCUCCAGGGGUCACCAACCUUUUUGAAAGCAAGAGCUACUUCUUGGGUACUGAUUAAUGUGGAAGGGCUACCAGUUUGAUACACACUUCAAUAAAUAGCCAGAAAUAGCCAAAUUGCUCAAUUUACCUUUAACUCUGUUAUUAUUAAUAAUUAAUUAUAUUUAUCUUUGUGGAAACACUGAUCAUCUUAAUGAUUUCUCACAAUAAAUAUAUAUAGAAACAGAUAAAUAUAUAAAGAAAGGGGUAUUUCUGUCUGUCAUUCCGUCUUACAUUUUUUUUCCUUCUACGGAAGGUUUUUUGUAGAGAAUAAAUGGGGGGAAAAAAACACUUAAUUGAACGGUUUAAAAGAGGAGAAACACGAAAAAAAUGAAAAUUACAUUUUGAAACGUAGUUUAUCUUCAAUUUCCACUCUUCAAAAUUCAACCGAAAAAAAGAAGAGGAAAAACUAGCUAAUUCUUU